AUGUGUGACGAUGAUGCGGGCGCGCUCGUCGUCGACAACGGAUCCGGCAUGUGCAAGGCUGGAUUCGCGGGGGACGACGCCCCUCGAGCCGUGUUCCCUUCCAUAGUGGGCCGCCCGCGCCACCAGGGCGUCAUGGUCGGCAUGGGCCAAAAAGAUUCGUAUGUAGGUGACGAAGCCCAGAGCAAGAGAGGUAUCCUCACUCUAAAGUACCCCAUCGAGCACGGGAUAAUCACCAACUGGGAUGACAUGGAGAAGAUCUGGCAUCACACGUUCUACAAUGAGCUGCGCGUCGCUCCCGAAGAGCACCCAAUCCUGCUGACCGAGGCGCCCCUGAACCCGAAGGCCAACAGAGAGAAGAUGACUCAGAUCAUGUUCGAGACGUUCAAUUGUCCCGCCAUGUACGUCGCCAUCCAGGCCGUGCUCUCGCUCUACGCCUCCGGUCGUACCACCGGCAUCGUGCUCGACUCCGGAGACGGUGUCUCCCACACCGUACCCAUCUACGAAGGCUAUGCGCUGCCCCACGCCAUUCUCCGUCUGGACUUGGCCGGACGCGACUUGACUGACUACCUCAUGAAGAUCCUCACCGAGAGGGGCUACUCGUUCACUACCACUGCCGAGAGGGAAAUCGUCCGCGACAUCAAGGAGAAGCUGUGUUAUGUCGCUCUCGACUUUGAGCAGGAAAUGCAGACUGCGGCCGCUUCAACCUCUCUGGAGAAAUCCUACGAGCUACCAGACGGACAGGUGAUCACCAUCGGCAACGAGCGCUUCCGGUGUCCCGAGGCUCUGUUCCAACCCUCGUUCCUGGGUAUGGAGUCGUGCGGCAUCCACGAGACCGUGUACAACUCGAUUAUGAAGUGCGACGUGGACAUCCGCAAGGACCUGUACGCCAACACGGUGCUGUCGGGCGGCACGACCAUGUACCCCGGUAUCGCCGACAGGAUGCAGAAGGAGAUCACCGCCCUCGCGCCCUCGACCAUCAAGAUCAAGAUCAUCGCUCCCCCCGAGAGGAAGUAUUCCGUGUGGAUCGGCGGCUCGAUCCUGGCGUCGCUGUCCACCUUCCAGCAGAUGUGGAUCUCGAAGCAGGAGUACGACGAGUCCGGGCCGGGCAUCGUUCACCGCAAGUGCUUCUAA